CAGAAUUUCCGACAGUGAUGCCAAAGGACGAGGCAGUGGCCGUAGAGGCGGCCAAGGACGACGAGCUCAACGAGCUGCAGCAGCAUCUGCAGCUUGAGGCCUUCGGUGGCAAAUAUCUCACGGCGCAGGAGAUUCUGCUGGUGCAGCUCUUUCAAUCGGCGGCCGACUCAGUCGCCUCCAGUGCUGGGGCUAAUGGCGGGAAUUCGGAAUUGAGUGUCUCCGCUCCAUCCGGUGCUUCUGCAUCCCCCAAGGCUGUGAGCAAAGUCGGAGGGGCCACGCUGGGUCGCAAGACGUCUCUCAGCUCGAUGGGAAAAGUUGCAGCGGGUGGCACCACGCCACCGUCCGUCACGACUCCUAAGCGACAAGUCUCGUCGGACAGAGCCCGAGUGCAGAGCUUCCUGGCUCAACGGUCUUCCGCCCCCAAUAGUAAUGGGUCUGGAGCCUCUGGUGGCGGAGCUGCAGGGGCUAAACCGGCCAUGUCGGCAGUGGAGAGAGCUAAACUACUGAUGGCCAAGAAAGCGGGUGGGGCGAGAUCGACGUCGUCCACCGCAGUGAAGAGGACGAACCCCUUGACGGAUAUUUUGAGAGGAGGAUCGGGCAGUGUUGUGGGAGGAGUGCACAGUGUCAAGAGACCGAGAAGCACCAAGAGUGACAAGCCAGGGGAGAUCAAGAUCCAGGGAGGACGCACGUCGAUUCAACUUCCAUUGGAGAGUUUCCUGAGGAAUGAAGACUGGGACUCGGCCACAGGAACCCCGUUGGAUCUUGUGCUGCCGGAAGUGGCGUUCGCUACGAACAAUACGCUGAUUAUUCACGCGACGCUACCGCCGAGAUCCUCCAGAUGCUGCUUCAAUGUCAGCACGCAGUCGAGUAUGCUCAGUGGUGCGCCGUAUCCUGGAACGGUGCUCUACCACUUCAAUCCGCGCCGUCAGCGUGGAGGACAUAUCAUUCAGAACAGCAAUAUUGACGGUCGCUGGGGCUGCUCGCAACCGCUGCCGCGGUUCCCGUUGACAUUUGGUGAGCCGUUCACUCUGCGUCUGACAGUCGUGCCGACUGGUUUCCUCGUUUUCAUUGAAGAAAUCUUCCAAGACGAAUUCAAGCAUCGCGUGCCUAUCCGUGAAGGCGAGAACCUCGUGCUAACGGUCCCCACUCGCGACGAGAACGGCAACCCAGAGGGUGUCAUUGUGCACAGUGUGUGGUGGGGCCAUGCAGAAGUUCCGCCCAAUCUUGAUACUCGUCGACGCGGAAGCAAUGGAGGAUAUCGAGGUGGCGACCGUGGAGGCUAUCGUGGUGGAAAUCCUGGCAGAGGUGGCGACCGUUUCCACCCUGCACCUCAUCCAUACGAAGUCUAUGUUGGCAACCUUCCACAGGGCACCUCGCGCGAAGAACUAUCGUUCCUAUUCCAGUACCUUGGCUACGAAACUGUGCGCAUUACAGCUCGUGGGUUUGGUUUCGUGACGCUGCGUAGUGCCGAGGACAUGAAUCGAGCUGUCGAAGAUCUAGAUGGGAAAGAGUUUAACGGGAUGAAGCUGCGCGUGUCGUGCGCACUACCUCCAAAAUAAUACUUAAGGAAGGCAGUUCUGUGGAUCCUAAUCCAAACAAAAGCGUUGCAACGCCCUUCUGGUGGCGCAGUUAACCUGGGUAAGCUUUGAAUACCCUAUUACCUAGUAAAUGGUAAUCGUUUCGACGAAGAACGACAUCGCCACUAUUAGUAAGACGUGGAUAGAGGCACCAAACAAGGUUAGGGUGUACUUAAGGAGGGGUGAUGCCCUCUCUGAGUUUAUUGAGGCAUUGCCUGUAACAGCGCAGUUUUGAGCUAAAUUUGUAUGGCAGGUCUAAGAACAACAAAUCCAGU